AUGGACCCGGCGGGCGGCGCCGCGCAGCCCCUCGGCGGCGGGCGGCGGCGCCUGCGCGUGCUGUGCCUGCACUCCUGGAGGACGAGCGGCGCGAUUUUCAAAGAGCAGUUCGAACGCGCGGGGCUGGGGCAGGCGCUGGAAGAUCUGGUGGAGAUGGUGUUCGUGGACGCCCCCAACAGGGCACGCGGCAAGGCACCCCCAGACGUGGCCGCUGCGUUCCCGGGCCGCGACUACUACGAGUGGUUCUCCACAGAAGGCGCCGAGGAGAACCUGGCCGAAUUCCGCCUGACGUACCACGGCCUCGAAAACAGCGAACCAUUCGUCGAAAAAAUCAUCAUGGAGCGCGGCCCGUUCGACGGCAUCAUUGGCUUCUCCCAGGGCGCCAUCAUGGCGGCCGCGGUGGCGGCGAUGCAGCGCGGCGGCGGCGCGCUGCAGGGUGCGCCGCGGCUGCGGUUCGCGUGCCUGUUUGGGGCGGCGUUCUCGGAGCACCCGCGGCAUCUGGAGGCGUUCAAAAACGGCAGGGUGGACCUGCCCACUGUCCACAUCAUCGGCCACAAGGACUUCAUCAAGGAGCACUCCAUCACCCUGGUCCGCAAGUUUGCAAACCCCAUCGUGAUCUUUCACCCCCGCGGCCACGUCAUACCCCGCCUGGAGGGGCCCCAGCUUGCAGUGCUGAGGGCCUUCUUCUCGGCGAUGCUGCAGGAGGGCGGCGGCAGCGGCGCGCCCGCGCCCGCGCCCGCGCCUGCGCCCGCGUUGGCGCCGGCGGCCGCUCCGCGCGCCCCGCCCGCUGGGCGGCCAGCCAGCAAGCUAUGA